UAUGCCUACUCUCAAGAAAAGGGAUACAGCCAGGGAAUCUUCAAGGACAAGAAAGCAAUGCUGUCCUUCACCACUGGGUCUCAUGAGUCCAUGUUUAGUGCAGAUGGUAUUAAUGGAGACAUGAAUGUCACACUGUGGCCACUACACAAUGGCAUCCUGCACUACUGUGGCUUCCAGGUUCUGGUCCCUCAGAUCUUCUGGGCUCCGUCUCAUGUUUCCUCUGAGGAGUGCAGCACCAUGCUGGAGGGCUGGCGUACCCGACUGCAAGGUGUCCUGGGUGAAAAACCACUUUCCUUCACUCCCAUGGACUGCUUUGAUGGGGAGAAGGGUUUCCAGCUGAAGCCUGAGGUCCAUGAGAAAAAUGCCGCCGAGGAGUAUGGACUGACGGUUGGGACCCACCUGGGAAAGGCACUACCACCCAACAACCAGAUGAAAGCUGGAGUCUGAAGACAUUGGCGCUUCUGUAUUUCCUUGCAUGACAGAAAAAUAAAG